GAGACCGGACAGUCGAGCCCCGACGGUGGCGUCUGGACGCGCGCGCCUUAUCGCCCUUAUCGCGAACGGCGUCCGACAGACACGGCGAGGGGGGGCUUUAAGAAGCGGCGUCGGCUCCGAGGAGGUAGAGACAUCGCGAGAGUCGUCGAAGGCAAGGCGCACAGACGGGACGCACCACGGACCCACCGCGGAGUCGCGAUGUCGCGGACCGAACUGGACGAAACAGCUGUGGAGAAUUUCCUGGAGUACCUGCGGAUCCCGUCGGUGCAGCCGGACGUCGAUUACGAUGAGUGUGUGGCAUUCCUAACUAGACAGGCGCAGUCCCUCGACUUGCCGAUCAAAGUCUAUCACGUACAUCCCAGGAAGCCGAUUGUAGUUUUAACAUGGGUGGGAACGCAACCGACGAAAUCAUCGAUUCUAUUGAACAGUCACAUGGACGUUGUACCUGUCUUCGAGGACAAAUGGACCUAUCCGCCGUUCAGCGCUCACAUGGACGAGCAGGGCAACAUCUACGCUCGCGGCAGCCAAGACAUGAAGUGCGUGGGAAUACAGUACUUGGAGGCGAUUCGCAGAUUGAAACUGAAUGGACAACGCUGCCAACGAACUAUCCACGUCUCUUUUGUCCCGGACGAGGAGAUCGGCGGUGUUCUGGGAAUGAAAGACUUUGUGCACACCGCCGACUUCAAAGCCCUGAACGUCGGUUUUGCGCUGGAUGAAGGUGUGGCCAGUCCGUUCGAGAACUACUACAUGUUCAACGGAGAAAGGUCGAUCUGGCACAUUGAAAUAAAGUGCGCGGGCAAUCCCGGUCACGGAUCAAUUAUGCUAGACAACACGGCUGGAGAAAAAUUGAGAGUCGUAAUCGAUCGCUUCAUGGACUUCAGAGCCUCCGAAAAAGCGAAACUUGAUAAAGACCCUAAGAAAUUGGCGGUUACACUCGGCGGGGUGACGUCUGUAAAUCUGACGAAAAUUUGGGGUGGUGUACAGUCCAAUGUUAUACCCACCGACCUCAGUGCUGUGUUCGAUGUCCGCCUAACACCUUCCGUUGAUCACGAGGAAUUCGAAGCUACUAUCAAGCGCUGGUGCGAGGAAGCUGGGCCAGAUGUAACCUACUCCUUCGAACAGAAAAAUCCUAAAAUCGAAAGCACCAAGCUCGAUGAUUCUAAUCCCUUCUGGAUUGCCUUUAAAGAGACUUGUGAUGAAAUUGGUGUCGAUUUGGAAACUGGCAUUUUCCCAGGAGGCACAGAUAGUCGUUUUGUGCGAGAGGUGGGCAUUCCUGCUCUUUGCUUUUCACCAAUGAACAGGACAAAGAUACUUCUUCACGAUCACGACGAGUAUCUGAACAAGGAUGUAUUCCUGAAUGGAAUUGAGAUAUAUACCAAAAUAAUACCGAGCGUUGCAAGUGUUUAAACGGACGCCCAGUAUGCUACACAUCAGAUACCAAAAGUGCCAUAGUCGGAUAUUUGGAGCUAGCUAGUAGCUCGUUCGGCCUGAUUUUUACCACUGAUAAGCUUAUUAGUCUGUUGCAUUCAAGAGAUCGCAAUUAACGUGCAAUAAUAUACUGAGUCAAUAUAUAAAUAUAUAUAUUUCUACAUUGCAUUUAUAUAUAGAUGUUACGCCUAUUUCAAAUUUUAUUGUUGGAUGGAUAUGUUUGAAGAUAUUUAUUCGAAUGAGAAGCAAUAUAAGAGAAGGAGAGUGAAGCAAAUAUUUGUGAAGAGACAACGAGCAAUAAUUCAAAUCUCAAAAUGGCGAACGGCAAAGAAUAUCAAAUUCAGAAGAUAAAUGGAAGUUGGACAUGGAUGCAUGAAUAACGACGUUGUCAAGGCAAUAUGGAAUUUGGUGGAUUGUUAAUACAGAAUCAAACGCUCAAGAAUUUGAUGAAGACAGUAAAGAGAACAACAGUGCUGUAAACGGAACCAAAGCAAUCUCUAAAAGUAUAGAGAAAUUCCUUCGCAUUAUAAUUUCUUCCAGUGAAGUACUCGCAGUAAAUACAGUACUCGCAUGAAAUAUAUGUACAGAUAUUAUAUAUUUAGAGAAGAUAUUUUUGUAAGGCUGAUUAAAAUGCACACAGAAGCGUGUACCUUCGCGAUGGAGACUCAAGAUCGAACCACCGAGGGAAACGGAGCCACGAACGCCCUGUGUACGUUGAAACGACGAAAUUAAAUAGACUGAAAUAAUCGAAAUGUUUUGUAAUACGUAUUUUAAGGAAGUAUUGCAGAGAGAGAGAUGUAUUCAGGUGGUGAGCAAAUAUGUUACGAAUAAAGGUACGGAGAAAUAUAUGUA